GACGGACCCAACACAACAGCUGAGAGCGAAAGCGACUAGAGAUCUGAGCAACUGUUUUCGUUUUAACGAGACACCUCUCUCUCUCUCUCUCUCCGUCGACGACGCAUAUUCCGAGUUCCAUACAUUCUCUGAGGAUGCCUCUACUGAAAAAGAAGUCACAUAAACUACUGGAGCCCCCAAACGGCUUGGAGCCACGAGACGCUGUUUAUCAAGUUCGUCUCACAAAGGAGAUUUUCCGAGAUUAUCAAUUGUACUUGAAGAGGAUAAAUCUGUAUCGCCAGCGAGUUUGGACAUGUAAAUCUACUGGUAAAACUAGCUUGACCUACGAGGAGGCCUUAGAGUCUGAAAAAUUGGCGAGCAAGAAGGUUCAAACUCUGCCUGGAGUGCUAGUUGCACCUGCUUUACGUCUCAUCCAGUUCAGUACACUCUCAUUGAAAGAUCUUGCUGACAAAAUAGCGAACGAGCUGCAAAAUUGCCUUUUCUCUGGUGCAGAGUUGUAUGUGAACAGGGCUGGCGAAUUGCAUCCAUGCAGAAUCUUGGAGAUAGUAACAGAUGGGGAUGGUGAACCUCGGUAUAAGGUCGGCUUCCUUGACAAAGACAAGGAAAUAAAUGAGAAGGCAGUGCUAUCUAGGGAGGAUCUAUCAUGGAAGAAGUUUCCAUUUAGUAGAAAUUUUCUGAAGUCUUUCAUUCGGGAGUCCACAUGCCGCAGCAUACCUUGGGUAGUUAAUGAAUAUCUGGCUAAAGCACAUGGCAUCACUAGAAAGAUUCCCAAGGAACUCCAGGACAAAUAUGUCUUUCAGAAUGGAGAACUGGUUCGGCAAAAGAAGCAGGAAGAUAAAACCGGAAGGGAAAACGGAAAAAGAAAGAGAGCAGAGAAUGAGAGACAUGUUGAAGAGGAGACAGAUAGAGAUGUUAAGGAGUCUGAGAAAGAGUCUAUCAACUAUCCAAUUGAAGAUUUACUGUUGCCACCUGAUCGUGAUGGUGCUGAUAUCACUAAGCGUCCUCGGCUUUCACGGGAUUUUAAUGUUUCUAUGGAUUGUGCUGGGGAUCUUCUUAUGGUCUGGGACUUUUGUUUCUCGUUUGGUCGGCAGCUGCAUCUAUGGCGAUUUUCUCUUGAAGACUUUGAAAAUGCUGUCUGCCACAAGGAGAGUAAUCUGGUUCUUAUUAUGGAAGUGCAUGCCUGUCUUUUCCGAUUUCUCAUCAAUGAAGACGGUGAUAAUUUCAAAGCUUUAAAGAGAAGGAGUCGCAAGUCAAAGAUAACAUUGAUCACAUGGACAGAGUAUCUAUGUGACUUCUUGGAAUCAGUUGACACUCCUGAUUUGUGCUCUGACACUGGAACAAUAAAACGGGGACACUACGGUCUGUUGGAACCCAGUGUAAAACUGAAAAUCCUAAGGGAAUUAGUGAACCAUAUAGCUGAAGCAAUUGCGUUCAAGGGGGAAGUAGACAAGCUUGUUGAACAACGGCAUACCCUUGGAUCUGCUAGAAGAGAAGAAGCAUUGGCGGAAGCCCGAAAGAAAAGAGAGGAGAAAGAACGCUCCAAAACUGGCGAGGAAUCUGAUGGAGUUUUGGAUAAUAGCCCACAAGUAACAGAAAGCAGUGAAGACAGCAAAAAGAAAGAGAGCAGUGCGGGGGCAAUCAAGAUGGAGAAUGGGUCUGUUUCUUCGAAAAGAAAUGAAAUAUCAGAGAAAAGGCUUAUAGGGAAUGUCUAUCUGAGAAAGCACAAAAGGCAGAUGAUGGAUACAAAAAUCACAUCAAAGGAAGAAGAAGAAGAGGAGGUGAAAGGAAUUUGGGGGAAGAAGCAGAGUGGAAAAUCUUCAAGUGAAGAUGAGAAGGGAACAUUGGAAAGGAGGGGCCCUGAACAGAGGAGGCAAUAUUAUGAACGAGAGAUGGAGAAAAUAGUCAUACGUACAAACCCCUUAGGUAAAGAUCGAAACUACAACAGGUACUGGUGGUUCCGAAGCAGUGGGAGGAUAUUUGUUGAAGAUUCUGAUUGCAAAGAAUGGGGAUAUUAUUCCUCCAAGGAAGAGCUCGAUGCAUUGAUGGGAUCACUAAACCGUAAAGGAGAGAGGGAACUGUCAUUACAUAUGCAGCUUGAGAAAGUCUAUGACAGAAUAUGCUCUACACUACAAAAGAGGACGAAGGACAUAGCUGAGGACAUAGAAAUGGAAGAAGCAGUGGUAAGGAGAUCUACCCGUGUAAGAGCUCUACUUCAUGAAAAUCCAGCUACUGCCUUCUUGAGAUAUGUUAACAAGUGGAAAGAGGAGUCAGCGUAGCCAUAAUUAGAGUCUAAUACUAGAAAAGCUUAUAGUUGCAGGCAUAGAGGAUUGAACAUUUUGUAGGCAAAAAUAAUGACAUUGAACAAGCAAAAAGCAAAUGCUUAACAGAGAGAUCAUUUUAUUAUCAUCAUAAUAUUUUUGACCC